AUGCCAUCGGACACACCUCCACCAUCAGCAUCGGUGUCCCAUCCGUCACCUGCUUCGAGCCACGACCCGAACGAUUCCACGCACCGGGAACCGAACUCGAACCCCACCCGGCAGGAGCCGGACCGUUCGUCCACCGGCACGCCGGGCCCCUCCGAACAGGCCUCCCAUCUGCAUCCACCGCACAACUCGUCGAGUUCCUCCUCGUCCAGCUCAUCAUCGUCAUCGUCCAGCACGUCCUCUUCACUGUCGUCACUUUCGCUGAAGCGUGCGCUGGUUAACGAGGAACAUACCACCAAACCGUCACCGCCACCUUCGCCCCUGACGAUGGAUCAUCAUCUGCAGGCACACAAGGCUGCCCGGGCGGCUUCGAGUCCGGGGGCCCGCAACCAGCAGCAGCAAUCCGGCUCGAGCACAACUACCGGUGCCGGUGGUGGGCAGCAGUUCUGUCUGCGCUGGAACAACUACCAGACGAACCUGACGAGCGUGUUCGACCAGCUGCUGCAGAGUGAGUCGUUCGUGGACGUUACGCUGGCCUGCGACGGGCAAUCGAUGAAGGCCCACAAGAUGGUACUGUCCGCGUGCAGUCCCUACUUCCAGACGCUGUUCUUCGACAAUCCCUGUCAGCAUCCGAUCGUGAUUAUGCGCGACGUUAGCUGGGCCGAACUGAAGGCGAUCGUGGAGUUCAUGUACAAGGGUGAGAUCAACGUGAGCCAGGAUCAGAUCGGACCACUGCUGAAGGUAGCGGAGAUGCUGAAGAUUCGUGGACUUGCCGAUGUGAGUGGCGAUGCGGGAGAGUCCGGUGGUCGGGAUCGAUCCGAACGAGACGGUGCCGAAAGUCGUGGCCCGGAGGACUUGGAUCGCGAAGAUCACAAACUUUUAAAUCCACUAGCGAUCGUGCAUAGUUCGCUGUUGGCCAACGGUGCCGGAAGUAUAAGCACCGGAACGGGAGGUACUGGAGUAGGGGCGGGUGGUGCCGGUUCGGGCGGAAAUGGAUCAGGAGCCGGUGGAAAUGGUGCCGGUAGUUCCGGUGGCAACAGUACAGCGACUAGUGGCAGUGCGGCUGCGGCAGCAGCAGCGGCGGCCGCCGCAGCUAAGAAACAGCGAUCGGCUCGUGAUCGCGACACGACCAAAGAUCACCGGAUGGAUGCACGCAUGAGUGAGUUCGCACGUGACCUGUCCCGUGACCCGCAUAUAUCGUCGCGUGACAUCAGCAGUGUGGCGGCGGCAGCAGCGGCUGCUGCGGCCGCUGCCGGGCUGGCGGCCGGUGAGUGGCCGCUCGGUGCGGCUGGUUUGGAGGCGGCGGCAGCGGCCGCCGUACAAGCCUCCACACCAAAGAGUGCCCGCAAGCGCCGAUGGCCCUCGGGUGAGCGUAGCAGCAUCGGCAGUCCGGCCGACAGUACGCCCGACCAGCUCGAGGUGCCGUCCCCGAUACCGCCCACACCGUCCAACAUUGCGCAGACGAGCGGUGGCGCGACGAGCAAUCCGCUCGCUUCGUUCCCACUGCCACCGGCGCUCGAUUCGGCCGCCAUGGCCAUGUCAUCGUUGUCAUCGUCCAUCGCCAACCAUCCGGAUGACAUGGAGAUCAAACCGGGCAUCGCUGAGAUGAUUCGCGAGGAAGAAAGGGCUAAACUGUUAGAAAACUCCCAAGCAUGGUUAGGCGCAUCUACGUCAUCAAUUGCUGCAGAAAGUUACCAAUAUCAGCUCCAGUCCAUGUGGCAGAAGUGCUGGAACAGCCAGAACCUGAUCCAUCAUCUGCGCUUUCGUGAGCGAGGCCCGCUAAAAUCCUGGCGCCCGGAAACGAUGGCCGAAGCGAUCUUUAGCGUGCUGAAGGAAGGACUGUCGCUGUCGCAGGCCGCCCGCAAGUACGACAUCCCGUACCCGACGUUCGUCCUGUACGCGAACCGUGUCCACAACAUGCUCGGACCGUCGAUCGACGGCGGUACCGAUCUGAGGCCGAAAGGGCGCGGACGACCGCAACGCAUCCUGCUCGGUAUCUGGCCGGACGAGCACAUCAAGGGUGUCAUCAAGAGUGUCGUCUUUCGCGAUGCCAAAGAGAUGAAGGAGGAGCCCAUGAUGUACGGAAGACACUCUCCUUUUCCCUUUCAAGACAACCCCCUGAGCUACGCACCGACCGCACCGAACGGUCAGCUGCCGGCCGCCACCGGUACGGUACCGGACGGCAUGUCCCAGGACGCGCUGACCGCCGCUACCGUGGCGGCUGUCCGUCAGCAGAUGUGUAACAUGGUAGCCGCCGCCCAGCAUCAUCCGGAUGCCGCCAAUCUCGUGGCGGCCGGGUUCAAUCUGCCGUCGCACUGUGGCACACCACCGAAUCUUAGCAUCCAUCCGGCCAAUGCAGCGGCUGCUGCGGCUGCUGCCGCCGCUGCUGCAGCCGCCGCAUCGAACCAGGGUGGUGGCCCCAAUGCGGGCGGCGGCUCGAGCGGUGCCAUUCCCCUGCCGAAGAUGGGCUCCCCGGCCGUUCCCUCGACCGGGCACGGAAAUAAUAAUGGUGGAUCGGGCGGUAUACAGAUGCCGCGGCUAGGAUCGCCGGCCGGUUCGAGCGGGUUGGCGAAGGAGCAUGAACUUCAGCACCACGGGGGAGGCGGUCUUGGCGGUGGUGGAGGUACCGGUACGGGUGGUGCGGGCGGUGGUCUAUCGCGUGCCACACCUCCGGGUGCCCGGGAUCGUGCACUGACCGCAAGAUCCAACCUAACCGCCAGUGAAUCGAGUCGGAGCAGUUCGGCCGGUGGUAACGUGCACAGGUCGUCACCUUCCAGCAGUACCGCAGCGUCCAUCAACCAUCACCACCAUCAGUCACAUCUGCCGCACCAUCAUCACCAUCAGCACCACCAGCCCCACCACGGACAUGGUCACCAUCUUCCCCACCACAAUCCACUGUCCCAUCUGGUGAGUUCCGGUGGAUCCGGUGGUCUCAGCAUAACGAAGCUCGGAUCACCCGGUUCGGCCCACGAUCUGCGCAUCAGCAACAGCCCGGACGAGAGCCCGCUAGCAUCGCCGAUCGGGAUGGUGCUGGAACCGGCCGUUAACCUAGCGCUCGGUGCCGGUUCUCAGCCGCCCGAAGACGUCCGCCUCCACGUUCCACCACCGUACGGUAGUAAACCACCGUCCCGGGGCGGUGCGACCGGCUACACCAGCAAUUCGUCCCCACCGCGACCGGAACACCUGUUCCAGGAUCAGGACAUUGCGGCACUGGUCGCAACGACACGCGCCUGUCCACCGUCCCGUCUGCCCGACUACAAGGAUACCCCGGUGAGGCCGCCGGCCUCAAUCAAGGUGGAACCGCUGACCGAGUGCCGGGGAGAUUAG